AUAUUCAUCCUGGCGGCCCCACCAAGCCGGAUCGUGACGUCUGCGUUCAGGCUGCACAUGCACAUGCUCACAGGCGCCCCCAUCGCCAUCUUGUUCCCCGUCAUCAACACCAGGCUGCUUCCUUUUGAGACUGGGGUUUACUUUCUUCAGCACGUCCUGAUGUUGAUUAUUCCGUUCUAUCUAAUGAAGACUGGAGAUCCCUUCAUCCCCGAGGAGCUCUUUGACUUCAGCUGGCCGAUGGUCUCCUUUGGGUUUUUAUUUAUCUACCACUUCCUGCCUUUGCAGCUGCUGGCUUAUGUGUCCCAGGUGAACCUGAACAACAUGCUGUGCCCGGCCGUGUCGGACCCGUUCCACGGCAAGUACUACCGCCUGUUUGCCAUCGCGCACCAGUUCAUCCUGAUCCCGUGCCAGGGCAAGCUGUUUGUGCUGAUCGCCAAGGCGUUUGGCCUGUUGCCGGCGGACAACCCGCCCGACCAGUGCCCGGCUGGGGAGGCGGUCAAGAGCCCGUCGUCCAACUACUGCGUCGGCAACAACACGUGCUGCUCCUCCAACGUGAGUUGCGAGUCGACGGCCAGCAGCGCCAAGAGGCUGGACGACUAUGACGACAGCGGCUUUCUGGGAGCUGGCUGCGCUCUCGGCGGGAAGGACAUGGCGGACUCACAGGUUCAUGACGGUCACGCGGAUGUCUCGGUCAGCGAGCAGACCUGUAGGGGUUGUGAGGAGACGGAGGAGGAGGAGGACGAGGGUGUGCCCGGGGCAUGUAGCAGCAGCGGGGAGGACCAGCCGAUGACCGUGGUCCGGCGUCUGGUCAACGGGCGCAUCGUGGAGGACGAGCACGGGAGGGGCGGGAAGGGGGAAGGGGAGGGCGUCGGUGUGGACGGCUCGCUGGCCCCUGGACGUGAGGAGAGCGGCUGUAACCUGAUGGCGGACGGCGCACCACCCUCGCGGCGGCAGCAGAGCGGCCAGAGGUCGGUGAAUGGCACGGGGAAACCCCUGACCAUGUCCGACCUUGAGACCACGAGGAACGGACACGCCAAGAUGCACUGAUAGUGUGCCCAGCUCUCGGAGAUCGUUCAGUUGCAUUUAAUUCACAGUUACUCACUUUGUCCAACUACAGUUUCUUGGGGGUUAUGUUUUUUGCAGAUCUUUUGAUUCUGCAAUUUUCGUUUUAAGAAAUUUGUUCCGCAUUGGAGUCAGAGAGUGUAUUUAUAGCGCACGAAACCCCGGAGAUGAUGUGAUUUUUCCCCCCCUCAGGCCAAGUUUUUCUAUACCACAAUUGUGGCCAGAGUUUUUCCCCUAAGGUGAAACAAAACAAAACAAUUAGUGUGCCUCCGUCUUGUGACUUGCUCCUCUACUUUCUACGCAAUAGGAAAAUUCAACUUGUUAUAGGUUGUUGUUUUUUUCACUAACUUUUUUUUU